GUGAGGUUAUAAAACCGGAGAGUGAAAUACAACAAAUUAAAUAGUUUGAAGUGCAAAGUGGGAAUCGACAUGCCAAUUAAUAGACUUUAAAUGUCGUUUCUUUGUUUUCAGAGCAACACAAUACGUUUAUUUUUGGUGGAUUCCUAACAAUUCCUGAGUAUUGUCUUAUAAAACGACAUUUCUAGUAAAAACAAAAACAUGGAAAAGUUAAGAUUUACGUUCGAGGUACUAGCGACGGGCUCGGAAGGAAAAACAAAUACAAUAUGUAUAACCUCAAUCGAGGUACCUGACGGUCGUGUGUUUGAAGUUCCUGACGAUCUGAAACCUGCUAGUAAACACACUGGUAUUACGACUACGGAUGUAUUCACUAAAGUAAAAAACUCAUUGAAAAAAAGACAUCAAACACGGAAAUUAUGGAUCCCACUAACUGAAGAAUUGAGAAAAAUCUACUUGGACAUAGGUGAAAAUGUACAGUUUGGGGAUCAAUAUUUGGACGAAAUUAUAAGUGAAACGAAACACUCAAGUAAUAAUACUAAUACUAAUAAUACAGAACAUGUAAGUAAAAACUUAGGGAAAAUAGCUGAACGGUUUUUACUGGAGAAAUUUUCUGGAAAAACAACAAAUGUUGAACAGUGGAUUAAGGAAUUUGAGAAUGAAUGUAAAAGGUUUGAAAUGGUGCAGGAUACAAAAAAAAUUGAAAUGUUAAAACAUCUAAUGGAUAAACAGUGCCUAGAUUGGUACAACAGCAUGGUGAUAAAAUUUACCAUAGAUUCAGACUGGACAAUUUGGAAAAAUAAUCUGUGUGAGUCAUAUGGAAAUAAAGGCUGGUCCCAGAUAAAAUACGCAUUCACAUUUAAAUACCAAGCGGGUUCACUAAUAGAAUAUGCCACUAAGAAGGAAAGACUACUCCUAGAGGUAAACAAACAGACUGACUCGCAGACCAUGAUUCAUCUCAUCGUAAUGGGCUUACCAGAUUUCAUAAUGGACAAGAUUGAUAAGGGAAAAAUAUCUUCCACCACAAGUCUUUACAAUGAACUUGGAAAAUAUGAGCAUACAAUAAAUAAAAAGACUUACUAUAAAACGAAAAGAAACACCUUCGACACAAAAGUAGGAGCUGAUAAGAUCAAACCCUGCAAAAUAUGUGAAAAAUUAAACAAAGGUGCCCGUUUCCAUCCCGAAGAAAAAUGCUGGUUUAAGCAAACAGGGGAUGAGUACAAAAAAAAUAAAAUAAAUGUAAACAAUGUCGUGCUGGAUGUUGAAUUGACUGAUGAUGAUCAAAAAAACGCGUAA